AUGGCACUAAUAUGGGAGUCUCACGACUCUCUCCCCUACAUCGACCCCGACAUCACGGAUGCCGAGCGCGAGAGGGCCAAAGCUGCGAUUGCUCGACACCUCCCCAAGGACUAUCUCAAUACACCUCACCCCUCUCUCGCCCCUCUUCCCGCAGUCAACUUCUCCGAAACAUUCCGUCAAGAAAUCAACCGGGUAGCUGCGGGUCAGCCCCGCCAGCAAGGGAUAGACGUGUCGCGCUACGAAGCCCCGGACGAGCCGUCGAGUGACAGUGAUCAGGCCACAAUGAAGGAGGUGCUGCGAAACGCGUACAUCUUGACCACUUUCUUGUCAGAUCGACACACCAACCUCCAGCUGCUGGACGAAUUUGGCAAGAACGCUUGGCUUAUCGGCAAUUCGCAGACUGAACAGGUCCUCCAAGUCCUCGAAAGCGAACUUGCCGGGCUUAAAUCUGAGACCGAAAACAUCAACAGAGCGCGGAAAGCUACCCAAGAACAGUCUAAAGGCGAGCUUUUGACUCUUCAGGAAAAUUGGAAGCGAGGGAUAGGCAAAAUUCUUGAGAUCCAGGUCGCUGCAGACCAAUUACGGCGACAACUCGGCAAGGGUCAACCGCACCCUGCAACAUGA